AUGUUCACAGCCUCCCUCGAGAACGCAAUGCGAAAGUUGGAAUGGGACGACAUGGGAGUGAAGGUUGAUGGUCGGCAGUUACACCACUUGCGCUCUGCUGAUGACAUCGUACUGAUAACACCUAGCCAAGCGGAACGAAUGCUGACCGAAUUCCAAGAAACAUGUGGAUGCAUCGGUCUUCAGCUGAAUCUGCAAAAGACGAUGUUCAUGCGCAACGGAUGGGUCUCGGUUGCCCCAUUCACGCUCAACGGAACGAAUAUAUCCAAAUGCACUUGGGCUUUGGAAAAAAAAGCUACUUGGGGAGCGUAUAAGAGGAUUGAGGAUGUAGUGAAGGAGACCAGGAACACUCGGCUCCGUGCUCAUCUCAUCAACACCACCGUACUUCCUGCUUUGAUCUAUGCUUCAGAAACCUGGGCAUUUCGCUAG